CGCCGGGGUCCCCCCGAGGUGCCCGAGGAGCCCGCGGGGCGCUGGGGGAGAGGAGGAGGCUGGGCAGAGCGCGUGCGCGGGGACUGCGCGGGCGGGCAGGGGCGGCGGCCCCCGGGCCUUUUCACCUGCGGCGCGCCUGCGCGUCUCAAUCCCUUAGGCAGGCGUCGGACUGGAUCUCAGCUCAGGUCCUGACCUCGGGGCUUUGAGUUCAAACCCUGCCCUGGGCUCCACGCUGGGUGUGGGGCCUACUUGAAAAAGCCUGAAUGCACCGGGUUGAGACUUCAGUGGAGCACGACCUCCCUUCAGGACGCUGCCCCCCAGGGUGGGAAGACCGGCCCAGGGCUUGGUGUUCCCUGCCCUUCUCCAGGAAACCCGAGCUUUUUUUCUCAUUAUUACAGCAUUUGGUCACUUCCGUCCAUGAUCUAGAGCAGCGCCGUCUGGAGACUCCCCCCCCUCCCCCCCGGGAGGGGGGUGAUCCCUACUUGUGUGUCCAGUAAAGGCACCCACUUGGCACGUGUGGCCGCUGAGCACGACCCCAGGAACUGCGUUUUUAAUUGCAUUUCUUUUUCAUUUAGGUUUUAUUUAUUUAUUGGAGAGGGAGGGAGCGAGCAAGAGCAGGGGGUGGGGCGGAGGGAGAAGCCGCCGCCCCGCUGAGCCGGGAGCUGGGCAUGGGGCUCCAUCCCAGGGCCCUGGGAUCAGGACCUGAGCUGAAGGCAGAUGCCCAGCUGACCUGGCCCCGCGGGCGCCCCCGAUUUUAAUUUUAAUCUUUUUUUUUUUUUUUAAGAUUUUGUUUAUUUAUUCAUAGAGACACAGCUAGAGAGAGGGAGGCAGAGACACAGGCAGAGGGAGAAGCAGGCUCCAUGCAGGGAGCCUGACGUAGGACUCGAUCCCGGGUCUCCAGGAUCACACCCUGGGCUGCAGGCGGCGCUAAACCGCUGAGCCACCCGGGCUGCCCCGAUUUUGACUUAAAUAAAAAAGUUGUGUGCCGGCUGGUAGCUACCACAGUAGGCAGCACAGUACUUGACAGGACGGUACACUCCAGAUGUGAUCUAGGAUGUUACUGAGUGUUUCUAGAACUCUGUGAUUUUUGUGCCCUGGAGAACUCCUUAAGGGUCUUGGUGUCUACCUUUAUGAGGCAGACACAUAGUUUCUUGGUGAAAUUUACUGAUACCAAAACAAGCUCAAUAUUACAUGUUUUUUUUUUUCUUAAAGCAUUUGGGGGAGAAAAGGGACUCCAAUUUCUUUUUCUAUAAAAUCAUCAGUUAAAAAUGUGCCAGAUGUUGUCAUGCUAGUGACUCCUUCAUGUGUUCUGCAGCCCCCAUUGUCAACUGCGGUUCACGCAGGCCCCAGUGCUCUGCCUGCCAGAGACCAGCCCCUUCCCCAGAUACUUAGAGUCUUGGCAGGGAGAGAGACGGUAAAGACCCCGUAAAGUUAACACCGUUUGUUUUGUAGUACUGUAUUAUUACACGCCAUCUGGUGUCCUCUACAGCGCUGUGGGAAGACCUAGAUCUGUGUGCUUUUCUACAGGAAGGAAGGAAGUGCACGCAAUUUUGCAAGAAAUGGAAGAAUUAGCAGAACAUGGCAUAUUUCUCCCUCCUAAUAUGCAAGGACUGACCGAUGACCAGAUUGAAGAACUGAAAUUAAGAGACGAAUGGGGUGAAAAGUGUGUACCCAGUGGGGGCUCAGUAUUUAAAAAGGACAACAUUGGCCGAAGAAAUGGGCAAGCUCCAAAUGAAAAAAUGAAGCAAAUUUUAAAGAAGACUAUAGAAGAGGCCAAAGCAAUAAUAUCGAAGAAACAAGUGGAAGCUGGAGUCUGCGUUACCAUAGAGAUGGUGGAAGCUGCGCUGGACCAGCUGCGAGGUGCAGUGAUGAUUGUUUACCCCAUGGGGCUGCCUCCCUAUGAUCCCAUCCGGAAGGAAUUUGAAAAUAAAGAAGACUUGUCUGGAACUCAGGCAGGACUGAAUGUCAUUCGUGAAUCAGAGGCCCAACUGUGGUGGGUGGCCAAGGAGCUAAGGAGAACAAAGACGCUUUCCGACUAUGUGGGCAAAAAUGAAAAAACCAAAAUUAUCGUCAAGAUUCAGCAAAGAGGACAAGGAGCUCCAGCCCGAGAACCAGUGAUCAGCAGUGAGGAACAGAAACAGCUGAUGCUGUACUAUCAGAGAAGACAAGAGGAGCUCAAGAAAUUGGAAGAAAAUGACGAUGACUCCUGUUUAAAUUCUCCAUGGGCAGAUAACACUGCUUUGAAAAGACAUUUCCACGGAGUAAAAGACAUCAAGUGGAGGCCAAGAUGAAGUUCUCCAGCUGACGAUGCUGUCAGAAAUACUAGCUCACCUUUCAUUUGAGCAAAAUAAUACAAACUUAAAAAAUAAUAAUAAUAGUAAUAGUAGUAAGGUGUUGAAUUUCUAGUUUUCUUAAUUUUUCUUUCAGUUUGAAUGUUUAAGAAAAUUAUUCAACGUUUCAGAACUUAAUAAAUACAUCCUCAGAAGAA